GUUCAAUUCCAAAGAACUAGAAUUCCAUAAAUAUUUUUAAUUUUUAUAAUAUUAUUCUGAGACGUGAGUUCAUUAUAUACGUAUUUAUUAAAAUGGAUGGUGAUUUAUAUGACGAAUUUGGUAAUUAUAUUGGUCCUGACUUAGAGUCAGAUUCAGACGAUGAACAAAGUGUUUACGGACAAGAUAAUCGUGAUGCAGAUGAGGAUGCCAUGGAAGAAGACGAUGAUGCUGAUGCGGAACCAGAGGUGGCUCCCAUGUCAGUCGUAUUACACGAGGAUAAACGUUACUAUCCCCAAGCAAUAGAGGUGUAUGGCCCAGAUGUAGAGACAGUCGUCCAGGAGGAAGACACUCAAGCCUUGGACAAGCCUCUGAUUGAACCUGUGAAGAACAAAAAGUUUCAACUGCAAGAACAGCAGCUCCCAUAUACCACAUAUGAUAUGGAGUACAUGGCAGAUAUGCUUGACAACACCAACCUGAUGAGGAAUAUAGCACUGAUGGGACAUCUGCAUAAUGGAAAAACAUCAUUUGUGGAUUGUUUAAUUCGUCAAACACACCCGGACACAAUUAACAAUGAAACGACAAUACCUAUGAGAUACACAGACACGCUGUUUGUGGAGCAAGAGCGAGGUGUUUCCAUCAAGUCAAUGCCGGUUACAUUGCUCCUGAAGGAUGUGAAGGGAAAGUCACAUCUUUUAAACAUAAUGGAUACACCGGGACAUGUGAACUUCAGUGAUGAAGUUACUGCAGCGUUAAGAAUAUCCGAUGGUGCUGUAAUAUUUGUUGAUGCUGCUGAGGGUAUUAUGCUGAACACUGAGAGAAUGAUACGGCAUGCAGUCCAAGAACGGGUGCCUCUCACUUUGUGCAUUAACAAGAUAGACAGGCUCAUAUUGGAGUUGAAACUUCCACCUGCAGACGCAUAUUAUAAGUUGAGACAUAUUAUUGAUGAGCUCAAUUCAAUGCUGGAAACACAUCAACCACAGGAUAAUCCAGAGGAGCCAGCCACUGUGUUCUCGCCACUGCUCGGCAAUGUUUGUUUUGCAUCGUCGCUGUAUGACGUGUGCUUCACGCUCGAGUCUUUCGCCGCGAUGUAUGCGCAGGCGCACGACUGCGGGCUCGUGUCCUCUGAGAUGGCGGCGUGGCUUUGGGGCGAUGUGUACUUCAACGCCAAGACGAGGCGGUUCACCAAGAAACAGCCUCACUCGUCCGCCCAGAGAAGCUUCGUGGAGUUCAUACUGGAGCCGCUCUAUAAGAUCUUUGCUCAGGUGGUCGGUGAUGUUGACAGCACUCUGCCAGAAGUACUUGAAGAGUUAGGCAUCAAGCUGACGAAGCUGGAAUCCAAGCUCAAUGUCCGACCAUUGCUCCGCCUCGUCUGCAGUAGGUUCUUCGGAGAUUUUUGUGGUUUCGUCGAGAUGGCAGUGCGGCACGUGCCUUCCCCCCUAGACGCGGCCCAGCGGAAGGUCGCCCACUGCUACCGCGGGGUGUCGGGCCCCUUGUACGAGGACAUGAUUAACUGCGACCAGUCCGGCCGCCUGGUUGCGCACACCACCAAGAUGUACCCAACGGACGAUUGCACAUUCUUCUUGGUAUUGGCGCGUGUAAUGUCUGGAACGCUGUACGCGGGACAGAGCGUGCGCGUCCUUGGAGAGAACUACAGCACACAGGACGAAGAGGACUCCAGGCUGAUGAAUGUCGGGAGGCUGUGGAUAUACGAAGCUAGAUAUAAGGUUGAAUUGAAUCGAGUACCAGCUGGUUGCUGGGCUCUCAUCGAAGGCAUUGACCAGCCGAUAGUGAAGACCUGUACCCUCGUCUCAGCUGAUGAAGAGGAGGAGCUCCACACAUUCAAGCCCCUGAGGUUUAACACCCAAGCGGUGGUGAAGAUCGCUGUGGAGCCAGUUAACCCUUCAGAAUUGCCGAAAAUGCUUGACGGAUUGAGAAAGGUGAACAAAUCAUAUCCAGUUCUGUCCACUCGUGUGGAGGAGAGUGGAGAACACGUGAUCCUGGGUACCGGCGAGCUCUACCUGGACUGCGUGAUGCACGACCUGAGAAAUAUGUACUCCGAGAUUGAUAUCAAAGUUGCGGACCCGGUUGUGUCGUUCUGCGAGACGGUGGUAGAAACUUCGUCGCUCAAGUGCUUCGCGGAGACGCCCAACAAACGCAACAAGCUGACGAUGAUCGCCGAGCCUCUGGAGAGAGGUCUGGCUGAGGACAUCGAGGCAGGCGCAGUCUGCGUCACCUGGGACCGCAAGAGGCUAGGAGAGUUCUUCCAGACCAAAUACGACUGGGAUUUGCUGGCUGCUCGGUCGAUCUGGGCCUUCGGGCCAGACGCCACUGGACCCAACAUCCUGGUGGAUGACACACUGCCCUCCGAAGUGGAUAAACAUCUACUCGCGUCUGUCAAGGACAGCAUCGUGCAAGGGUUCCAGUGGGGUACGCGCGAGGGUCCUCUCUGCGAGGAGCCUAUCCGUAAUGUGAAGUUCAAGAUCCUGGACGCCGUGAUCGCCAGCGAGCCUCUGCACCGGGGCGGCGGACAGAUCAUACCCACCGCUCGCCGGGUGGCGUACUCUGCAUUCCUGAUGGCGACGCCGCGUCUGAUGGAGCCCUACCUGUUCGUGGAGGUGCAGGCGCCCGCAGACUGCGUGUCCGCGGUCUACACCGUGCUCGCCAAACGACGAGGUCACGUGACGCAGGACGCGCCCGUGCCCGGAUCGCCGCUGUACACCAUCAAGGCUUUCGUGCCCGCAAUCGACUCGUUCGGCUUCGAGACUGACCUGCGCACGCACACGCAGGGACAGGCCUUCUGUCUGCAGGUGUUCCACCACUGGCAGAUCGUGCCCGGAGACCCGCUCGACAAGAGUAUUGUGAUACGACCUCUGGAACAGCAGCCGGCGACACACUUGGCGCGAGAGUUCAUGAUAAAGACACGUCGACGCAAAGGGCUAAGCGAGGACGUGUCCAUCAACAAGUUCUUCGACGAUCCUAUGUUGUUGGAGCUUGCGAGACAAGAUGUACAGUUUAAUUAAAUGCAUUUACGUUU